AUGAACUCCCUUAAUGCCUCAAAUAGUGUUGGGCUUAGAGUCAAAAUCUCCACAAUUCUGGACUCAUCCAUUACCGGCACAAUUUACUCCUACAAUCCUGAGUUGCAAUUGAUAGCCCUGCUGCCUGAACAUAAGAAUUCGUUGAAAAUCAUCAAGACUACCUUCAUUCGAUCUGUGGUAAUUUUAGAAUCGAAGAACAAUGUGAAGAAAAAUCUGCAGUCAGUUCUGAAGCAAGACCCAAAGCUGAGGCCUGUUCAUCCUGAACAACUGAAAGUGCCUAAGCAUAAGGAGCUAAGAUACAAGCAUAACUAUGAACUGAACCGGACCUUAAAGCCUAGGAUAGGACACGUGUCUAAGGAAGGACUAGAAAUUUUCAAAGAGCUUUACAACCUUUUACCUAAAGGAGAUGUCAGCUGGAAAAAGGAUGACAUUGUCAUUUAUGAUGAUAGCGUACGUAUCACCAGCCCUUAUAAAACCGACAAUGUGGUUAGUGCCCAUUCAGGGGAUGACUCUCAGUUAGAGUUUAUCAAAAAAGUAAUUGAAAAGGUGUGGCAAGCAUCUUUGCCCUUGUCUUCCUAA